AUGCCUUGCACCAUAGGCCACGAGUUCUCUGGUACCAUCGUGGAAGUUGGAGAGGGACUUUCGAAUUUCAAAGUCGGGCAAAAGGUUGCCGUUGAGCCGUGUAUAUCAGAUGCCACGUGUGAAGAAUGCAAAGAGGGCUUCCCCGUCAUGUGCGGCAAUCUUGCUGUGGUUGGCUUCAGUGGAUGGGACGGCGGGGGCGGAAUGGCCGAGUACGUCUGUCUACCACCCAAGAAUAUUCACGUAGUCCCAGAUAGUAUGUCGGUUGAAGUGGCAGCUCUCGUCGAACCGCUUACUGUUCCAUGGCGAGCCAUCAAAGCAUCGGGUUUCAAGGCUGGCCAAAGUGCCCUGGUGCUUGGAGCAGGUCCUAUUGGCUUGAUGACUAUCCUCUGCCUCCAGGCGUUUGGUGCAGGCAAGAUUCUCGUAUCUGAUCUGGCCAAGGGCCGCUUAGAACUUGCACAGAGUCUUGGGGCUGAACAUGUUUUCGAUCCGACCAGGGACGACGUGGGACAGAUCAGUAAAGGCAUUUGCGAUGGGAGAGGACCGCACGUUGUGUUUGAAUGUGCUGGCGUCCAAAGCUCGUUGAGCACCGCCUUUGCAGCCGUCCGAAAGCGAGGAACAGUCUUGGGUCUUGCUCUAUGGGAAAGCAAGGCCACGAUCGACCCUAAUGAGAUAGUCUUGUGGCAGAUCAAAUACGUGGGUAUCCUCCCUUACGUUCCGGGUGACUUCCAGGAAGUCAUCAAGGCAAUUGCCGCGGGCAAAAUCUAUCGGCCUGAGAGACUCAUCUCGGCAAAGAUACCGGUGGAGGAUGUAGUGUCUAAAGGGUUUGAGCUUUUGCUCAACGACAAAAGCAAUGCUGUGAAAGUAUUGGUAGAACCUCUUAGCAACAGCACCAGUGUGGGAAAUAAGUAG